GGGCGUGUCUGUUCAAAAGUCAGCCCUCUACACCGGCGGGGACGCGCAUCACUUAGCGACAUCCACCAUGGCUGCUACAUCGAACUGUAUACCUUUUUUAAAGUGUUUUCUUUAUUUGUCCUUACUGUUUGCUGGUGUGUUUUGCGAUGGGGAAGCAGAAGAAGAUGAGCACGCCAAGCACACGUACACGGUGGAGAUGUUUAACGAGGCGGUGCCCACUGCACCUCACUUUGUCAUGUUUUACGCUCCAUGGUGCGGCCAUUGCCAGCGACUCCAGCCUACAUGGAAUGAACUGGCAGACAAGUACAACAGUAUGAACGACCCCCCAGUAUAUGUGGUAAAGGUAGACUGUGUCCAGGACACCAAGUUUUGCUCCAAUGUGCACGGCGUUAGAGGCUAUCCCACGUUAAAAUUGUUUAAGCCAGAGCAUGAAGCUGUAAAGUAUCAAGGUCCCAGAGAUCUGCAGUCUUUGGAGACGUGGAUGCUAAAGACACUCCAGGAGGAGCCUUCAGAACCAGAGAGUGAGCUGGAGCCUCCAAAAGCCCCCGAGCCCAAACAGGGCCUGUAUGAGCUCACUGCCGGCAACUUUAAGGAGCACAUCUCUAAAGGUUCUCACUUCAUCAAGUUUUUUGCCCCGUGGUGUGGUCACUGCAAAGCCAUGGCGCCAACGUGGGAACAGCUCGCCACCUCCCUUGAGCACUCUGAUGAUGUCAAGAUAGGAAAGGUGGACUGCACUCAGCACUACGAGGUGUGUUCUGAGAACGGCGUGAGAGGAUACCCCACACUCCUCUUCUUCCAUAACGGACAAAAGACAGAGCAAUAUAAAGGAAAAAGAGACCUGGACUCUUUCAAAGAGUUUGUGGACACCCAGCUGAAGGCUGUCCUCUCCGAGGAGCACGAUCACGAACCAGCAGAGGAACAAAAAGCUAACGAGAUCCCGGUGGAGGAGCCUGCCGAAGAGGAAGUAAAGUCCGGUGUGCUGGUUCUGACAGAGAGCAACUUUGACGAGACCGUAGCAAAAGGCUUCACUUUUAUCAAGUUCUACGCUCCGUGGUGUGGCCACUGCAAGAAUCUCGCUCCAACCUGGGAGGAUCUGUCCGUCAAGGACUUUCCGGGUCUCACUGAUGUCAAGAUCGCCAAAGUGGACUGCACCGUGGAGCGCACGCUCUGCAACAAGUACUCUGUGCGAGGUUACCCCACUUUGAUCAUAUUCAGAGCAGGAGAGCAGGGUGAUGAGCAUCACGGUGGGCGGGACUUGGAAAGCCUUCAUAACUUUGUGAUGAAGCAGGCGAGAGACGAGCUAUAAAAACGAGCCAAUCAGAGCCCACCACUCCACCUGCCCCGGCCACAGAGCUGACCUGUGGGGGGUCUCCUCCAGCAGCCAUAUCUUCAUUUCUCAAUUUCUCUCUCUGUUCCCUUUCAGGAGUUGAAGCCAAUGAAAGACUCGUGUUUGAUUGUAUCUUCUGUGAUUGGUGGACAGAAGUGUGUGUUUGGAAUGUAUUCUCUUUGCUGUUUCCCAGCCUGGCAUCUUCUACAGAUUGUAUGAUCACUGGUUGGAUAAUAACAACCAGCUACGUGUUUUUCAUUCAAACGCGCUCGCGUUUCCGCUUCCUGAUUUUGUUACUGAUCUCUUCAGUGUUACAUGUGAUGAAUAUAAUCCGACUUAAUCCAGCAGUACAGCCACUCCGAAUGAGACGCUGAGAUUUCAUGUGAAGGUAUUUCGUUUCCACGCCGCUAAUCGCCUAUCUGAUAAAACUCAGGGAACAUCCAGGCCGACUAUAAGAGGCAGGACUGAUGUUGCCACCAGAACCUGGUGGUGAUUCUUGGUGAUCAGUCACUUCUGACUUGUGUGAUUUUAAUCCUUCGCAUUUCAUUUCUUUGUUUACAAACAGGUGAACCAUCUACUUAUGUGUUCCCUCAUUUAACCCCUCAAACCAGCUGCACUGCUGUUAUGAUUUACCCUAUCAUGGAUGCAUUCUUGUUUAUCUGCUUCCUGAUUGAAGCCACACCUGUAACUAAUUCACCCUCACUAGUAAAUGAACUCAGAUUAAACAUUUUAAAAGCUGAGGGAGCUCAAAUCUGUCAGAAGGAAGCCUUGUUGCAGUAAAAAGCACCACCUGUUGGGCCAUGCCUGUCUCUAAAUGCUCUUUGACCCAUGUUAUAUAAAAUACGUGGCACGAUUUACUGUCCGGUACACAAAAGGAGACACAGCAGGACUUUUUUUUUUUUUUUUUUGUCAGGAGAGGUUUUUAUAGAAAGCACAUGGUCCAUGAAGUCCAGUGACAGGUUGUUUUUUUCUCUUUUCGUGGGUUGUGCACUACCCAGAGGUUUUGUACAAAAAAAGUGAAUAUUGGCAAGUUGUAACAUAAGAUUUCAUAAUAAAUUUUGUAAAAAUAA